AUGAAAGCACCAGGCAGGAAUAAAAAGCUGGAGAUGGAGCAGCAAGGCAGCCACAGCGAGCAAGGCAAAGGAACUCCUUGGGACAUCCAGCAGCUCAGCAGCUCCACCCUCCUCACCCCGUCGUGCUCCAUCGCCGGCUGUCCAGCUUUCCUUGCCAAAAUGCUGCGCCUCAGCCUCGCCACGCUGCUCGUGCUGGUGCUGGGGGUCAGCCCGGGGGCUGCCUUUCCCCAUGACGCCCCGGGGAAUGGCUGCAGGCCCUCCAAGUACCAGCACAUUCCACCCAAGCAGCAGCAGGCUCUGAGCAACAUGAGACACGAGGUUAUGAAGGACCACAAAUGCAACACCAAGCUCUUCCACCGGAAAUGGAACGCGGUAAACCUGCCGAUGUCCGACCGCGUGCUGCUGGUGGCGGCCGAGCUGAACCUCACCAUCGCCAUGCUGGAGCUGCCCGCUUCCCCCAGCUUCGCCGAGGCGCGCCGGCAGCCGCUGGAGUUCUUCAGGAACGCCCGGGAGGACGUGCUGGGCUGCGUGGAUCCCGGGCUCCAGCCCUCGGGCAAGCUGCGGCGCUGGCUGCACAGGCUGCAGGAGGCCCUGCGCACAGAGAGCACGGCGUGCCUCAGGGCCACCACCAUCCCGUUCGUCAUGCAGGUGCAGGACAACCUGCGCUGCUGGGCGCUCCAGGACAAGUGCCGAGCUGCCGGACCCGCCCGCAGAUGA